GUCUUGUAUUUUCUUCAUUUUCUAUUCAUACGGGAACAAAAAAGCGCGUUUCUAAUCAAAACAUUGAAAUAAAAUUUCGGAUGAUCAUUUUUUAUAAAUUGGAGUAUGACUGAUGUGGAAAGGAGUUGAUGCCCUUUGUACAGGUAAAAAGAUAAGCCAGAGUUGCAAAAGAUGGCGUGUAUUUUAACUUCAACCUUUUAAUUGUUAUCUCUUUGCAGCUGUGGAAAACUUUGUUAUUAUUUCGUCUUCGUAAUGUAUAGAAAUAUGGCUGAUUUUUCUGAAGAUGAUUCUUCUGAAUUCUUUCCUGAAUCAUCUGCUGUGAAUAAUACAUUAUCUAAUUCAUCAUUGAGUAACGGCGCAACUUUAUCAUCUUCUACUGUAUCCAGCAGUUUUGCAAAUUCAACAUUUUCUAGUAUUCACGGAAGCAAUUAUCCACAGCUUUCAUCUCCUCAAAAUCCCCCAUCUCCACAAUACCCAUCCAAUCAUCCACUAUGUGGCUCUAAGCAUUUGUGUUCUAUCUGUGGUGAUAGAGCAUCUGGAAAACAUUAUGGUGUCUACAGUUGUGAAGGUUGCAAAGGAUUUUUCAAGCGCACUGUAAGAAAAGAUCUGUCUUAUGCCUGCAGAGAGGAUCGUAAUUGUACUAUUGACAAACGACAACGGAAUCGCUGCCAAUAUUGUCGCUACCAGAAAUGUUUAGCUAUGGGAAUGAAAAGAGAAGCUGUUCAAGAAGAACGUCAGAGAAACAGAGAAAGAAGUGAGAAUGAAGUGGAAAGUACAAGUAACAUACAGCCAGACAUCAGCAUUGACAGAAUUUAUGAAGCUGAAAUAUGGAUGGAUACAAAGAAGGAACCAGAUGUUGCAAGUAUAUGUCAAGUUGCUGAUCAACAACAAAUUCAGUUAGUUGAGUGGGCCAAGCAUAUUCCUCACUUUAAUGAACUUCCAUUGGAGGACAGAAUCACUUUAUUGAAAGCUGGUUGGAAUGAAAUUUUGAUUGCAACUUUUUGUCACAAAUCUAUUGGAUGCAAAGAUGGAAUUAUGUUUGCUACUGGGCACGUUGUAUAUCGCAAUAAUGCCAUUAAUGAAGGUGUAGGGAACAUUUACGACCGCCUUCUUCAGGAGCUUGUUGCCAAGAUGAGGGAGCUGAAAGUGGACAAGACUGAGCUUGGUUGUCUGAAAACUAUCAUACUUUUCAACCCAGAGGCAAAAGGGUUGAAAUCUGUCAAUGAAGUUAACAACUUACGUGACAAAGUUUACACUGCCCUGGAAGAUUACUGCAAGCAGCACUAUCCCAUGCAGGGCUCUAGAUUUUCUAAACUUUUGCUACGACUGCCAGCUUUACGUAGUAUGGGUUUGAAGUGCCAUGAGCAUCUAUUUUUCUAUAAGCUCAUUGGGAACACAACCCCCAUUGACAACUUCCUUGUAACGAUGCUGGAAAAUCCAACUGAUACUUAAAGACAAUACCCAAUUAGUCAUUGUUGAUGGAUAUAGUUAUUGUUUCCCAUUUUAAAUAUAAGGACUGUUUAUUUUUUACAUCUUGUUUGUUUCAAAAACUUGCAGAUUUUUAAGCAUAAUUAUCCUUAGAUUUUUUUAGCAGUGAGAAAACAAUGUGAAACCAAAGAUAAUACAUUUCCUUCCAACAAAUAUAUUUGUAUGUUGUAUUAAGUUUUAGGAUUUUUUUUUUUUUUUUUUUUGGCAUAAAAUUGG